GAAAAUAAGAAAGAAUUUCUAAAAGACAAACAAAGGAGGAAUAAAACAAGCAUGGGAGCCGCCGUUUCAAAGUAAUAUCCCUGCUACUACUACUACUACUACAGUGUCACGAUGACGACUGUCGCUGGUAAAGGUGAUCUCUCUGUAAAAUAUUGCCUCAAGCUGAAGGAAGUCUAAAAUCUAAAGGGAACAGCAAGUGUGCAGUGUAGGAAUUAUUCAGUUAAAAAUGGGAAACUUUUUAUAAAUUCUUAUCAGUAAACACUGACAACAAAUAUUGAACCACCAAAUCUGGGCCAAGUUAUAUAAGAACAACCUUUUACUUUAUGAGGAGCACGAACAUCGAAAUGUCUUGAAAGAAGAAAAGUGUUUUAGGAUAGUCAUGUAAAGGCAACAUCAGUAAUACUACAAAAAAAGGUGAGGUAUCUUAUGUCACAUUUCAGAUGGAUGGCUCACCAGAAAUGCCUCCAAAGGGUCAAGUAAUCCAUGAAGCAUCAAAGAUGGAAGCAUCACCAGAAAUUCAUCAAAAAGAAGGCCAAUUAUUGGAUAACCCUCUACAAAGGGAUGUGUCAUCAGGGACUCAUCAGCAAGAAAUCGGAGUUAUAUGUGAACUAGCAAAGGUAGAGGAAUCAUCAGAAACUCUUAAAAAAGAAUGCCAAGUAAUGCAUGAAUCACCACGGAUGGAGGCAGCAUCAGAAACAAUUCAUAAAGAGAACAAAGGAAUACAACAACUAUCAAAGAUAGAGGCAUGUGACACUUUUCAAAAAGAGGGGCAAGUAGCAUGCAAAACAUUAGAGAUGGAUACCUCAUCAGAUAUUCUUCAAAAAGGACAAGAAGUUCAUAUAUCACCAAAAGCAGAAUCAUCCAAAUCUAUUAAACAAGAAGAUCAAGUAUAUUAUGAAAUGCAACCAGAACUAACACUAGAAACAAAAAAACAAAAAUUGGAGUGUGAUAUGUUGAGUCCAGUGAAUGUGACAUGUUUAGUAGGUGAAAAAAUUUUAUCAAAGACAAAUACUCUUUCCUCAAAUUGUGAAACAUUAUUAGAUGACAGACCAGCAUUAUAUUCUCAGCAUUUAGAGACAAAAAAGCAUUUUGAAAUAGGAAAUGGUGAAUCUCUUGUAAAAAAUGAUAAUAAUAUACAAGAAAAGGAACAACAAGAAGGUUUUUCAUGUAACCAGGUUAAUUGUAAGGACCAGUCAGGCAAUAAAGGUAAAGAAGCUGUCACAGGCAAAGACUUUGGGAAUAAAAUUCAAGAAAAAGUGAAACAGAGCAGUUACCUAAAAAAAAGAAAGGUGGUGGUCAUGUUGGUGAAAAUUAUGAGCGAAUUAACUAUCUAG